CGCUGGGAGGAAGUGCAGCUCUCAGAAGAGCCUGAAUUUCACUUCACGACGCGCCGUUGGGGCUCAGCUCACACACAAGCACUAAAACAAGAAAAUAGCCGUGUAUUCCCAUCUGGAUUAACCGUAGGGAAUCCUCAAGAAGCACUCGUUCCCGGAGGGUCUGAGUGGAAUCGGACUGGAGUGUUUUAUGUGGACGGAUAUAGUGUUUUCGUUGAGCGAUGUCGGAAGAGAUGAAGACUUGGAUCUGCGACCCAAACACGGAUGGGAAAGAAAAGAGUGGUUUCUCUCGGCAGUAACAUCGAAAAAUCUAAAUCAGAUGUCUUUUGGAGGAAAGUACAUUUGAAGCUUCUGAACGAAGCGUGUUGGGGUUAAAAGCCACGUCGUUUUCUUUUCUUCGAAACUCAGUUUCGUCCAUAUAAGCUUGAGUUUGAAACGCACAGCCAUGCAUAUGAAGUUCCGCAAGAUCUAGCGCAGAGAUUUCAGGGUGAACUGUUUAUUUUUGUGCGUUUCAUUUACAUCAGAUCACAGUAGCUGUGUUUUUAUGUACGUUACUGCUUUGCAGUUUCAUCUGAGCACGUUUCGUGCCACCAUCGCGACAUUUUUUUUUUAGAAAAAGGAAACUCGGAUUGCUUUCGUUCACAUUUGCUUAUUUCCUUUUCUAGCGCCCCCCCCUCUCAUCUGUAGGUUACAGUAGAGCAAUAUCUCAGCCGUUUUGUGCUUAGAGCACACCUCUCUCAUUAUAUAAAUAAAUUGACGAGCAAGCAAAUCCAGUUUAAGAGGAAAACUGCAUUGCAUUGCAAUGGACUUGCCACAUCAAAAAGGCUUCUCUAGUUUAAUUUUGGCCCUUUAAUUGGCUUCUAACAUCAAGACAAACAGCUUGGAUCAACAAGAGGAGUGACAGGCACAUCUCAACCGUCGACCCACAAAAAUGGGGAUUUGUUUGUGAUAUGACCAGGAUAUUUACUCAUGCAUAUGCUGUUUAGAUCUUGAAUGCAUUUGCCUCGGAUGUUCAGGAAACACUCCAGCUGCCCUUGUCGCAUCGAUAGCCAUUAUUUAUGUUUCUCCAACCAUUAGACUUCAGAUUUCCACCAUCUUUCCGCCUUUUAAGAAGAGGAGGACACGUAUUACCCUUGUUAUAUGUGGUCUCUUUGCGUGCUGUCAACUGGUUAAUGUGAUUAAAGAGGGAAACAUCGGCGCUUACGUCGUCCAUUUUCAUGCAUUGGCGAUUUUCUCCGUUUUGCAGCGAGCUGGCUUGCUUUAUUUUAACACCUUAAGGAGAUCAUCUUGUCAAGAUUGCAUCGUCGUUUUGUAACACUGACUGGCCAGCUUGGAUGCAUUUGUAGUUAACUAGCCUGUUAUUUCCAUCUAUCUGCACGGACGUUGGUUUAAAUUAAGUUACAUGUCAUUUUUUGGACGGUCGUUGCACAGGCAGGUGGGUUGUUCGCGUUAAACUCACCCAAAGGGGUGGGUGCUGGAUGGGGGGGCUCGAUUAAUCGAUAUAAUCAUUAUUUUUGGCAAUUUCCAAACCUGGAGGUGAUGCCAUGCACAUAUAUUUCUCCUUUCUGAAACAAGAAGCCAUUUCUGCAACUCCGUUGGACCUGAGGUUGACGUUGCUUCAGCUAAGCAACAUAUAGGUUUUCUAUUCACAGUGGAUUUUUUUCUUCCUUCCGCUUUUUUCGUCUAUUUUCAGCCACGAUGGUUUUCUGAGGGACUUCUGAAGGGAAAAAACUCGAUAGUAAAAAAACUGAGGCUGGAAUAGAUGUUCGCGCCUCUCUCUCGCAUCAUCACCACCAUCAUCAUCAUCAUCACCACCACAACCACCACAGCUCCCGCGCUCGUCUCGUGCUGAGUCCGCCCUCACGUUACCCCCUCACGGCUGGUUCUGGUACCGUUAGCGACUCGGUUCGACCCAGAGGGCUCGAAGAUGGCGGACCUCGAAGCGGUUCUCGCCGAUGUCAGCUACCUGAUGGCGAUGGAGAAGAGCAAAUCGACUCCAGCGGCCCGGGCGAGCAAGAAAAUCAUCCUUCCCGAACCCAGUAUUCGGAGUGUAAUGCAGAAGUACCUGGAGGAAAGGGACGAACUGGCCUUUGACAAAAUCUUCAACCAGAAGAUUGGUUUCCUCUUGUUCAAGGAUUUCUGCAUGAACGAGAUCGACGAGGCCGUUCCGCAGCUGAAGUUUUACGAGGAGAUUAAAGAGUACGAGAAGUUGGAUUCGGAAGAGGAGAGACUAACUCGCAGUCGACAGAUUUAUGACGUCUACAUAAUGAAGGAGCUUCUGUCAUGUUCACAUCCCUUCUCUAAGAAGGCAGUAGACCAUGUCCAGACUCACCUAGCAAAGAAACAAGUUCCUCCAAAUCUCUUUCAGCCAUACAUAGUUGAAAUCUGUGACAGCCUUCGAGGAAAGAUCUUUCAGAAAUUCAUUGAAAGCGACAAGUUCACACGUUUUUGCCAGUGGAAGAAUGUAGAGCUCAACAUCCAUUUGACAAUGAACGACUUCAGCGUGCAUCGGAUCAUUGGCAGAGGGGGGUUCGGAGAGGUUUACGGAUGCAGAAAAGCGGACACGGGGAAAAUGUAUGCCAUGAAGUGUUUGGAUAAAAAGCGGAUCAAAAUGAAGCAGGGAGAAACGCUGGCGCUCAAUGAGAGAAUCAUGCUGUCGUUAGUCAGCACCGGGGACUGCCCUUUCAUAGUGUGUAUGACAUAUGCCUUCCACACUCCUGAUAAACUGUGUUUCAUCCUGGACUUGAUGAAUGGUGGAGACCUUCACUAUCACCUGUCUCAGCAUGGUGUCUUCAGCGAGAAGGAUAUGCGUUUUUAUGCAGCCGAGAUCAUACUGGGCCUCGAACACAUGCACAAUCGAUUCGUCGUCUACAGAGACCUCAAGCCUGCAAAUAUCCUCUUAGACGAGCACGGCCACGUUCGCAUCUCCGACCUGGGCCUGGCCUGCGAUUUCUCCAAGAAGAAACCUCACGCCAGCGUAGGUACCCAUGGCUACAUGGCACCUGAGGUUCUGCAGAAAGGAACGGCAUACGACAGCAGCGCCGACUGGUUCUCUCUGGGCUGCAUGCUGUUCAAACUCUUGCGAGGGCACAGUCCAUUCAGACAGCACAAGACCAAAGACAAACAUGAGAUCGACCGAAUGACCCUUACCAUGAAUGUGGAGUUGCCUGACUCCUUCUCACCUGAGCUCAAGUCCCUCUUGGAAGGACUCUUACAGCGAGACGUCGCCAAAAGAUUAGGGUGUCUGGGUCGGGGGGCGUCAGAGGUAAAGGAGCAUGUGUUCUUCAAGGGAAUCGAUUGGCAGCAGGUUUAUCUUCAGAAGUACCCGCCACCCCUCAUUCCCCCCAGAGGAGAAGUCAACGCUGCAGACGCCUUUGACAUCGGCUCGUUCGAUGAGGAAGACACCAAGGGAAUUAAGCUGCUUGACAGUGAUCAGGAGCUCUAUAAGAACUUUCCACUGGUGAUCUCCGAGCGCUGGCAGCAGGAGGUGGCCGAAACGGUGUAUGAUGCCGUUAAUAGCGACACAGAUAAAAAUGAGGCGCGCAAGCGGGCCAAAAACAAGCAACAAGGCCACGAAGAGGACUAUGCGCUGGGAAAGGACUGUAUCAUGCACGGCUACAUGUUAAAGCUAGGAAACCCCUUCCUGACACAGUGGCAGCGGCGGUAUUUCUACCUAUUCCCCAAUCGUGUCGAAUGGAGAGGUGAAGGAGAGUCUCGGCAAAACCUGCUGACCAUGGAGCAGAUCGUGACUGUGGAGGAGACGCAGAUCAAGGACAAAAAGUGCAUCCUGCUGAGGAUCAAAGGAGGGAAACAGUUUGUCCUGCAGUGCGAGAGCGAUCCAGAGUUCGUACAGUGGAAGAAGGAGCUCACCGAAGCGUUCACCGAGGCCCAGAAGCUGCUGCGUCGUGCCCCCAAAGUCAUCGGCAAGGGCCGAACCAAUGUGGUGGAACUGUCCAAACCUCCGCUCACGCACCGCAACAGCAACGGCCUGUGAGCCGCCGCCCCCCAAACCCCCCUUCCCGCCACCCUCGUCCACCACUCCUCUCCAUCCACCUCAUUGACACACACAUGCACAUGCUCUCACACUCUCUGUCUCCCAGCAAAAUGCUUGUCCAGCACCAUUAGGCUUCCCAACGGGCACAGCGAGCCGCCAUACGGUCCGUCUCGGAUGGUUCUGCUGGACUGUGCCCUGCUGUUCCUCAACUGUUCGUCAAUCAAAUGCACACGUGUACACAGCUCCUUGCAACUUGACACGCCGGGGUGGGCGUUGCUCCAGGAUAAUGUUAAAGAACAAUCAGUGCUGAAUUUGGGACCUCGUGGUGCAGGCUGGGAUACUGCGCCCUAACUGCGUUUGUCAGCAUGUCGUUCCUGAUCCCUCCAUUCUCCUUGCACACGCCGGCAUGCUCGUAUAUAGGCAAAGAAAGAGGAUCUAAGGAGCUUCUAUAAAUGUGGCAGUGUGCUAAUGCCAGACAGUAUCAGUACCUCUGCUAGAGGGAAACCAGAGCCAUGCGGCCUGAGAGAUCUAAUCAGAUGGAAAGACCCCGAAAUCAUUUCAGUUGUCUUUUCACAUCCUUCAUAGGAACGCCAAGGCCAUCUCGCUUCUCAAAGCGUAUGCUUUGCACCACUUUCCGUCAACAUCGUGAGAGUGCAUGCCGUUUCGUGCUUAACGGACUCGGAUUUGCGGACUGUUUUGGCGUCCCGUACUUGUAAAGUACAAAAGUCUUCGACGCUUCCGUAACACUCGCUAUUGAACGAACUGCUAUUGAACGGCGAGUUUUGUGCAUCCAAGUUGCGCUCUCAAAGGACUACUUACAGUGUAAAAAUAGAGUGUUUUUCUUUGUCUUUUUUUUUUUUUUUUUUUUUUUUUUUGGUGCUCAGCCCUUGUAAACUCCAGAUUCGUUUGGGUCGCUCAUGUGCAUUAAAUGCGUGUACUUGUGCGUGUACACGAUUGCAAAAACUAGUUGUUGUCGCUUCAAAGGAAAUCCCCCAGGAAGAAUUGUUUUCUUUCACCUUGAAUGUAUUUUUUGUUUCUCUUUUUCGUUCAUUCGUGGAUGGAGUGAUUUACGCUGCUCGACACAAUGGGACGGAACGUGGCGGGACGUUUACUAAGACACGAACCCAACCCCUCCCCCCCAAAUACACAGAAGUGCAAAAAGUGCCAAUGAAAUAAACGUUCGACUUGAGACACCUGAGAAUGAGUCCAGGCCACCUGUGAACAGACCCCGAGAACAGUGUUGGAAACCCGAACGCACAGAAUAAAAAACUGAACGUAUGGACGCCAAUGAUGAUGCAUGAUGUCUCGGUUCGAGGGACCACUUGGAAAAAAAGAAAAAAAGCAGCAGCAGCAACAUCCCUGGAGUCUUUUAUCCGACUGUAUAUAUGAAUCCUUUCUCUGUGCAUCUACAGUAUAAUCUUCUUGACGAUGUUUGCAUAUAUGGCGAUUCUCUGUCUCUGCCUGUCUGUGUUUGUCCCUAUGUCUCAGCUUGGGGGCGGGCGGGGUGGGUGGGGUUCACAUCUGUCAAUCAACCGGCGGGCGUGUGCAAACCUCUUAGGACCGUCGGUGUGAGAGAGCGGAGAGUCGAAUGGCUUAUCUCAUAAUGAGGUGCGAGGAGGUCUUCUGGCGUCACCGUUAUCCAUUCACGGGCAGGCAGACCGUUAUUCAGUACGAAGGUAGGGCGCUCGCACUCACAGGUGUUCGGAUAGGUGGAAGGAGAGACAACUUAAAACCGUUUGUUGCAAGGCUUGAUUUGAAUAUAGGUUAAAUUUUUAUAUUGUUUUGAAUGUGACGCAAAUGCAGAUUUCUAUAGAUGACAUUUUUUGGAGUAUGUUAUGUGCAUUUAUUUCAGUCUCUUUUUUUUUGUUGAAUGGAAAAACAAGCACAGGCAUGAGGUGAUUUUAAACAAGUGUUUUCUUCAUGUAUAUUCAGGUUCUUUUUUGUUUUCCAUGCAGUAAGUUUCUUUUUCUACGACUCUGUCGUGCAGAAAUGUCGGAUCAGUUUUUGUAGCCUUUAAAAAUCGGGGAGGUGCCAUCCCGAGGAUGUUUUAGUGCCCUUCAAGGGUUUUAUUUUGAAACCAAAAUGGCUUGUUUUGAAAUACAUACAUAUAUAUAUAUAUAUAUAUCUAUAUAUCACUGCACUUUUUCCACCACGCUUCACGAGCUGACAAAAAAAUGUGCCAAACGACUGUAGGAGAAUGUCUUUGAACCAAUGAAAAGCUCACGCGAUGCUCGCCGAGAGUUAAAAUUGGUACGGGCGAGCGGCGGCGGCGAGUUUGAGAAAGGGUACAACAAAAAUGUGACCAAAUUCAGGUGACGUGGAACAAGUGGGCCGCGGGGCGAACGAACCCUGCGUCAUUGACGAUACGCCUCAGAGCUACUGAUCGGCUAGCCCGUUUCUCAAACAAAGGGUGGCACCUCCGCCAGUCCGAAAUAUCCAUGUUUUAUUCAGGGGUUUUAUAUUUUAUUUUAACGGUAGCUUUUCAGUCACUUCGUCAGUGUUUGCUUCAUUCGAUUGCUUGUGUGUCUGUUCCGUAGCGGUGAUUUUUGUGCGUGGGCGAACGCAGGUUUCGAAACGGCGGAUGAAUAGAAAAAAGAAAAACAAACUAACAAAAAUCUAAGUAUAUAUGUGUAUAUGAAAUGAAAACAAAUGAGCUUAGGUUUAUUUAAAAGACUUAGACACGCGAGAAAAAAAAUCGGGACUCGGGAAGGGAUCGGGUUCGACGUGAGUUCAACUAUUUGUGGUGAAGAAUCAGCUCAGAUCUUGCACAUAAAAGUUUAGAUAUUGUACCUACGAGUUACAGAUUAUUAUUUUUGUUCGUUUAAUACAGGACUCUCUUGCUCUCUUUCAUAUUUAUUGUCUGGUCGGGGAGCUAGUCCCUCUGUGCGUUGGUUUACCUAGGGCACGGAGCUGUCGAGUAUCCGGGUUUACAGUCAACCGAAACUCUCUUUUUUCAUGUGCCACAAACAAACGCAAAUACUACUGUCUGGGGUUAUUACCGUUAUGGUUAUGAUGAUGAUGAUGAUAAUUAUGAUGAUUAUAAUUAUUGAUAAUAUUAUUCAAUGAAUGAUAAUUGUUAUUAAGAUUAUUUUCCUUUGUUUUCAAUUUUCAGAACAGCUAGGAACAUGUGUGUUUGGACUGCUUAUAAAAACAGUUCAGAAAUAAAAGCCCCUUUUUCGUGUU